CUAUAUAAAACCUCUUCUAUUCAUGUCGUACAACCAGUUUUAACAUACUGUCGUAUGUAGGUUAAGACCUUUAAAAGUAUGCACUGUUGACUUUUCUUGUUUAAGUUUAACAAGGAUUUAAAACGAAUUUAGAUGGAAUUGUUUAGAUUUUUAAUUUGAUCGGGUAUAUUAGUAAAGGAUAUAUUUUCUUACAUUUUAUGCAAAGUAAAACGAUAAGGCGCUUAAAUUGCUGUUAAAAACCUUUUAUAAGACGCAUUUGUACACAAUGUACAACAGUUUGUAUGUGAAAAACUUGCUUAUCUGUGUAAAAAUGUUCGACUGAUAAAUAUUGUGUGCUUUAGACGAUUUAAGGACUGUCGAUACGAAAAUGGACUUUAUAGUUUAUACAUGAAGAUGAAGUGACAAAUUUUACUUGGGUUUACGGAAAGAAACAUUUGCAAGGUAGCACCAUGCACUUUGUUGCAAGAAAUUCUACAGACGCCGCUUAUCAGUCCCAAGGGUACACGUUACGUGCAGAUCCCCUCGUGCUUUUCCGUCAACCGCCGACGACAAUUCAUGGAUCUCCAAUAUCAACACACAGGCGAACACAUUCUGGAGGUAGCAUUAAACUUGCGCACUAUUCGAAGCAGAAUAAUAAUGAUAUUGAACUUAAUGCCCUUGAACCUUUAAUAAGCCACGAGGAGAAGGAAGCAACCGUUCCGGAAGGAGAUGGCGAUGACGUCUGCUCCGAGCACGACUGUGAACUUGAACACUGUAAACGUAUCAUUAUAAAUGUAGCUGGUCUCAAGUUUGAAACCCAGUUGAAAACACUGAACAGACUGCCAACAACUUUACUUGGAAACCCGAACAAACGCGACAAAUACUGGAUUUCAGCUACAAACGAAUACUUCUUUGAUCGUCAUCGACCAUCUUUCCCCGCUAUUCUGUAUUACUACCAGAGCGGUGGACGGCUAAAACGCCCUGUCGAGGUACCUGUGGACAUAUUCCUGGAGGAGCUGGAGUUUUAUCAACUUGGUGAUUCAGUGAUUGAUGCAUUUAAAGUGUCAGAAGGUUUUAUACUGGAGAACGAUGACAUCCCGAUGCCCGAGCAGAAAGUUAAAAGGUUUAUAUGGGAAGUUUUUGAAUACCCCGGAAGUUCAUUGAUUUCCAACAUCGUUGCUAUCAUAUCUGUUGCUUUUAUUUUAACAUCCAUAGUAACAUUUUGUGUUGAAACCCUACCUCAGUUUAAAAACAAAGACUGCACGAACGUUUCAGUUUAUGACGAGGACGGCAACGUCACUUCCGUUAAAAAGUUCAACUAUCUCGAUCCCUUGUUUAUCAUUGAAUCUUGCUGUAUCACGUGGUUUGUGUUUGAGAUAGUGGUUCGAUUCAUUGUGUGUCCUUCAAAAAUCAAGUUUUUGAAAAAUAUAGUUAAUUGGAUUGACUUGCUAUCAAUUGCGCCGUACUUUGUAUUCUUGGUCGUUUUCUUUAUUACCAACAGCUGCCAGAACAACAGCAGGUUUCUCUCAGUUCUAAGGGUAUUAAGAGUGGCAAGGAUAUUCAAGCUAAGUAGAUUUUCGGACGGACUCCAGAUACUAGCAAAAACAAUGCAAGUCAGUUUACGUGAGCUGUCGAUGUUCGUGUUGUUCCUAAGUAUUGCUGUUGUGAUCUUUGCGGGUGCUAUUUUUUACGCGGAGGCACAGUCUGAGGAGUCAUUUUUCACAAGUAUUCCAGACGCGUUCUGGUGGGCUGUUAUAUCCAUGACGACGGUUGGAUACGGAGACGUAUAUCCGACUGGAACUUUUGGAAAAAUUAUCGGAAGUAUGUGCGUGCUGUCCGGACUUCUAGCUAUAGCACUUCCGGUUCCGGUGAUAGUCACCAACUUUAACAAUAUAUACCGUCAAACUACAGGACGAGGAAAUCACAUCUAGAUAAAAUAUAUAACAUGAGAGCAACAGUAAAACUGUAAAAUGAUAUAGUUAUGCAAAAGUAGCGUCUGAUUACUUCUGGAAUAUCUAAUUAAGACAAAGCAUCCCGCCUAAAAGAUCAGAGCUUUUUUUAGAACACGAAUCCGUCUUGGUUCAAAGAAAAGAGCUUUUGCUAGUUUUAGUAGCUGUCAAUAUUUUGUAAUUCGAUGUUACAGUCAGGCUUUAGAGGGAGCAUUGUUGCUCAGUGUUCAGAUUGACUAGGAAUUUUUUAUUUUUUGGUUGUGUAUCCGUAUAAACACCAAUACGUUUUGAUAUCAUACGUUUAUAUUCAAAAAGAAAAACAUGUUAGCUACUGGCAUGGUAUUAAUGAUGCACUGGGAAAAGUGUUUUCUGAGCUGGGUAUGCAGAGUUCUUUCCCCUGUUCAUUUUGCAAAUAAAAAACAUCACAUGUAGGCCUACUAUAAUGCCUUAUUUAUGAAAAUAUUUUGUUAAAUACCAAAAUAGAGUUAAAUUCAUUUGUUAGACUGACUAAUAGAAUGCAAUCUCCUA